GACAGAUUCUUGCGUAAAUGAUGUAUUGUGAGACUGUUGUUAAAAUGUUGUGAUAAUAUUGCAAAUUGCGCUUGAUUGCUUUUUGUGUUGUUGUUGUUUUUGUAAUACAUUACUGGCCUAGGUUGUGUAUGGGGUAAGUAGUUGAUACAUUUAUACAAAAAAGAAAAGAAAAUCAUCAACAACAACUCAGUAUUUUGCUGAGUCGGGACAACAAUAGGCAAGCAUAUCGUUAUAGUUGCUUUCCAUCGUAUCUCUCUGUAGAUGUUAACAGCAUCUUCAUUCCCUGGAGGAUUCUCUUUGAUCAAGGUCUAUGGUUUUGAAAUGUGCUUCUAAAUACAUUUGACUUGAAGUCAUGAAUUAGCAUUCAAAUCGCUCGCUAAUUGUCUCUAGUCAGAUUGUUGUCAUCUCGUGUGUAGCGACAACAGUGCGAAGACUCAAUGUGCUCCAGCUCAAUCGAAAAAGUGUUAAGCAGCAUUCCGCUGCGGGGUGUGCCUAUGCAAAUGUGGCUUUGUGUUACCGUGGUGACGAGUGCUAAACAUUCAUCCUGAAGGAUAGCAGUGCAGCCAUAUACGUUUGAACUGGAGUCGGACACUUACUCCGAGAGAAGUAGGCUACAUGUUUGUUAAUAUUUUCUGACUAUUGGCCAUCACACAAAAUCCUUCCUCGCUGCUCGUUGUUUUAGUAGCAGUGGACAAGAUCUGCCCUCGCCAUCGGAUACAUCUGGAGCCAUUUUGCAAGGAAGCGUGGGCAAAUAAUGACGUGCCAGCCGUAUGCAACCCCCCCGUAUGCAAAAACGAGCGUUCGCGCCAGGCGUGUGCACAGAUAGAGACCCCAAGUGGUGCUCAAGUACCUGGUGUCUUGCUGCGGCAAAUUUAGUCAUUUGGAUGAUGUAUAUGUGCCUCUGACAUUGCUUUCCACCCUGUCAUUAUGGCAUAACUACCCAUUUUAGAAACCCACUGAGGUUUUCAGUGACGCAUUUUUGUCUUCGUUCGAUGGAGGCUGAAACAGUGGAUGGUUGCCUAAUAAAUAUUUGAGUGGCAGCUUUGCAAUUUGCAUUCCUAACAACAUGGCACCCACGUAAUAGAAUGAAUUGGAAGUUUAAUGUGAAAUCUCAACCUUUUCAAUGCAACUGCACCUCUCUCUCACACACACACACAGGUCAAUGUGGGAUGUUAAAGGGGUGUGUUGCAGUCCUCAAGUCAUUUUUGUAUUUUUAUUUUAUUUAUUUUUUGCAUUUGAGCUCUCCCACUGUUAUUUGUUGUUUCGAAUUCGCAUUAAACUGAUAGAAGAACAACAACAACAACAAAAAAAAGGACACAUUCAUUCCACUAAAAGGCAACAUUGAUCACCCGGGCAGCAGCUAAUUGAUGACUUGGCAAACUAACGCAAAUUUGGUGCGCUUUAUCCUGGCCGUUGUCUGCCAACAGCCGGAAGUAGAUGGAGACGAGGUGAAAGUCAAACCGCAGAUUGGAGACUGUGGACGCAGGAUAUUCCAUUUGGACCGCAUUGGCCGCAGCGCGCAGGCACCCGCCCACCGACAAGCCACCCACCCACCCACUCCCCACUCCUCACUCCUCACUCAGCCACGGCGAUGCAUUCCGACGCCACGGAGCGCUCCUCGCUCCAGUCGCCGCGGUCUUAGGAUGGUGCAGAAAUCCCUCAACGGCGGCGUUUACCCAAGUCAAGCCGCCGAGAGGAAGCACAAAGUGGGCUUCGUGGGUCUGGAGCCCGGCGGUCCCGAAUCGAGCCGGGACGGAGCUCUGCUCAUCGCGGGCGCCGAGAGCGGCAUCAAGCGGGGCGGCAGCAUCCUGUGCAGACCCAGGGCCAGCAUCUCCGCCAGACCCCCCAAGAAGAACGCCAGUUACCGCAAAUUGCAGAAUUUCCUCUACAAUGCGCUGGAAAGACCGCGGGGAUGGGCGUUCAUCUACCACGCGUAUGUCUUCCUCCUGGUCUUUUCCUGUCUCAUUCUCUCAGUCUUUGCCACUAUUCGAGAGUUCAAAAAUAGUUCAGAGAGUGCCUUGUACAUCCUGGAAAUCGUGACCAUUGUGGUGUUCGGAGUGGAGUACAUCGUGAGGAUCUGGGCCGCUGGCUGCUGCUGCCGAUACAGAGGAUGGAGAGGGAGGCUCAAGUUUGCCCGGAAGCCUUUCUGUGUUAUAGACAUGAUGGUGCUGGUCGCCUCGGUGUCUGUGCUGGCGGCUGGAUCUCAAGGCAAUGUUUUUGCCACGUCGGCCAUCAGGAGUCUGAGGUUCCUACAGAUCCUUCGCAUGCUGCGUAUGGACCGGCGUGGGGGCACUUGGAAGCUGCUUGGAUCAGUCGUGUAUGCCCACAGCAAGGAGCUCAUCACAGCAUGGUACAUUGGAUUCCUCUGCCUCAUCCUGGCUUCAUUCCUGGUCUACUCGGUGGAGAAGGAGAGCAACAAAGAGUUUGAAACCUAUGCCGAUGCCCUUUGGUGGGGUCUGAUAACGCUCACCACCAUUGGCUAUGGAGAUAAAGUUCCCAAGACUUGGAAUGGGCGUUUGCUGGCAGCCACCUUUAGUAUGAUCGGCGUGGCCUUCUUUGCACUUCCUGCGGGCAUCCUUGGUUCUGGUUUUGCCCUCAAAGUCCAAGAGCAGCACAGGCAGAAACAUUUUGAAAAGCGACGCAAUCCCGCUGCAAGCCUCAUCCAGGCUGCGUGGAGGUUUUACGCAACCAACCUUUCCCGCACUGAUCUGAUCUCCACUUGGGAUUUUUAUGAGCAGACUGUGGCAACCCCAAUGUACAGAUUAAUUCCACCUCUGAAUCAAUUGGACCUGCUGAGGAAUCUAAAAGGGAGGUCUUUCAGGAAGGAGUCCCAAACAGAAUCUUCUCCAAGUGAGAACGCACACAAAGACAGACUUUGCGCUUGCUGUCCGACAACUUUUAGUCGGAAGGCAAGCCUGAAGGAUAAGGUGUUCCCGAGUCCUUCCAAGGCUCCGCUGGCCAAAGGGAAGGACCAGUCCCCUGGGCCAGAAGAUGGUGCCGAGGUGAGCCCCGGCAAGGUCCGCAAGAGCUGGAGCUUUGCAGAGAAGAACCGAGGGCCCAAGCAUGCUUUCAGAGUCCGGGGCAGCGCCUCGCGCCAAAACUCAGAGGAGGCGAGCUUUCCAGGAGAGGACGUUGGCGACGACAAGAGUUGUCACUGUGAAUUUCUCGCUCAAGAAUUGCCGCCAGGGUUAAGGGUUGCGAUACGAGCAAUCUGCAUCAUGACGUUCCUGGUGUCAAAGAGAAGAUUCAAGGAGAGCCUUCGACCAUAUGAUGUCAUGGAUGUGAUCGAGCAGUACUCUGCAGGCCACCUGGACAUGCUGACCCGCAUUAAGAACCUGCAAUCCAGGAUAGAUAUGAUUGUUGGGGCCCCUCCCCCAUCAACACCUCGCCAUAAGAAGUCCACUGAAGGUCCGAGAGUUGACCAAAUAGUGGGUAAAGGUUCAAAGGUUGAGGCGGAGGCCGCAGAGGACCCAAGCAUGAUGGGACGUCUGCUCAAAGUUGAGAAACAGGUAGUCUGCAUGGACGGAAAGCUGGAUUUUCUGGUCCAUGUGUAUAUUCGACGCAUGGGCAUCCCUCGCUCUGAGACAGAGGCCUUUUUUAACUCCAAAGAACUUUAUCCUGCGCCGCCUUACCACAGCCCAGAGGGGAGCAAGGAGAAGGAGGAGAUGGUCAAGCAGGAACAGGAGAUGAAGGCAUUCUCAGCCGCGGACGUCUUGUGCGCCGAUGGGUCUUUAGAGCAGAAAGACCCUUUAUCGAUGGAGCGUGCGGCGGGAUCGGCGGGUUCCGCCUCUGGUAGUAACAGUCGGCCUUCUACCUCGUGGCAGCAUCAGCUGCAGCACCCCGUCAGCCAGCCGGCCUGGAACAGCAGCGUGGCCAAUACCCCCUCGCCCGUCGGCGAUUCCCCCCGACUGUUCCGCCUCCCCCCUCCGCCAGCUCCGCUCCAUGACCGUUCCAGCCAAGAGAGCGGCUCCCUGAGCAGGAGACGCCACCGGAGGCAGAGGCGUCGUCCGCAGGAUGCCGCCAACGCUGAGAGCGACACGUCCCUCUCCAUUCCGUCCGUGGACCACGAGGAGCUGGAGCGCUCCUUCAGCGGCUUCAGCAUCUCUCAGGCCAAGGAGGACUUCUUCGGGCCGUCUUUCUUUCCGGAAUCCGGUGGCGGCGGAGGCGGGUCCGCGGCCGGGACUGAAGGCGGAGCUCCACCUCCGCUCUGUGCCAAGGUGAGGCCAUUCCUAGCGGAGGGUGAAUCUGACACAGACUCUGACCUCUACGCUCCCUCGCCCCUGUCCUUCACUGGUGAGGCCUCCUGCGGGGAGAGAGGAUGGCCAGGACUCAAGUAGCUCCGCCCACCGUUGCCCGCUCGGCAAAGAUGCCAAAAUGGUCACGUGACCCAGAAGCCAAUGUUGCUCAUGAUUUUGAUUGACUGACGAGGAUUUACUACUGGACAUGGACACGAUAUGCCCUUGAAACACUGCCUUUGUCUGGGAUACAACACGGCAAGCAAUGCUUUAAAACAUUGCUUAAAUAGGGGUGGGGGAGGGGGGGGGCAUUUUUUUUAUUGCAUUCAUUUGCAAUAUUUUUUUGUAUUUGAGUUAAAGCUUCAAGGUAAGCGCUUCAGAACUUAAAGGAAGGACGAAUAUGAGAUAUACUUCAUCCACUCAAGCGCAAAAGUGUGAGUGGAAUUGUUUUGAUCCCCGUUUGUUCAUUCAUCCAAACAACAACAAAAAUGUUAAACAAGAGUUGUGGCGCAUAUACAGUGCAUCGAGAAACAAUACAUACCACUACCUUUUCCUCCAUUUCUUUUGGCACUGCAAUUCCACAAUUUAAUUUUUUUGUUACAGCCCCAAACUCAAAAGGCCCUCAUGAGGACAAACCCUGUAGAAAAUGGGUGGAUGCUCUGAAAAUACUGUAUAUUUUCACAUUUUUGUUUUUGCUGAAGAUAAAAUGGACACAUGCACCAGAAAUACUGUACGCACAUGCCUAUUUCUCAUUCUAUGGGCAUGCAUUAAUGGUGCGAUUGAAGAGAGAAUGGUCAGCAAUACUUUACGUUUGCAAAAAAAAAAACAACAUGAAUGAUGAUAAAAGUACAUUUCACUGUGUGGUUAGCAUAGUGCUUUGAUAAGGUUAGCUAAUCUAGAGAUAUACCUAAAGUACGGAGAUUACCAAUGAAACAUUCGCGUGAUUUUCAGUGUCAUUAUUCAGCCGACUAUUACAGGAGCUCCCUCAGAUAUUUGCCCAUUCGUGAAGCCCCCGCAUGGCAUGUAAAUGGUUAAUUUCAGGAGCCCCUACAGACAUUUUUGGCAAGCGGUCCGCAGAUUUGAGUAACAAUAGAUUCCAAUGUGGUGCAUGCAAAGCACUUUUUAUUUUCUUCACAUGGUGUCCUGUCGUCUUGUUGGAUUGAGUACAAAGGAAAACAAAACAUGAUGAAUGUUUAGCACGGCGGACGACCGGUUAGAGCGUCUGCCUCACAGUUCUGAGGUCCGGCGUUCAAUCCCCGGCCCCGCCUGUGCGGAGUUUGCGUGUUCUCCCCGUGCCUGCGUGGCUUUUCUCCGGGCACUCCGCUUUCCUCCCACAUCCCAAAAACAUGCAUGCUAGGUUGAUUGAAGACUCUUAUUAAAUUGUCCGUAGGUGUGAAUAUGAGUGCGUUUGUAUGUGCCCUGCGAUUGGCCGGCAACCAGUUCAGGGUGUACCCCGCCUCCUGCCUGCAGUUAGCUGGGAUAGGCUCCAGCAUACACGAGACCUUAGUGAGGAGAAGCGGCUCAGAAAAUGGAUGGAUGGAUGUUAUGUUUAGCACACAUUAUUUUACCUUCCAUACAUCAAUUAGGUAAGUUGCCGUGAUAUUUGCUCUGUACUAAAUGAGAGAAUGCAAUCAAAUGCAGCCACAAAAGGCAGUCAAGAGUCUUCAUCCUUUACAAAGGGAAAUCAAGAUGGCCUUAUUUUACAGUACUGUUUCAUAGAUUCCAAAAUAAUCGACAUUCUCAAGUAAAUUUCAAAAGUGAACAAUUGUUGCCAAUUAAAAAUGUAGCUGUCCACGGUAGCACGAAGAGCAUGGAAUGGAAGGGGGCAAAGCAACUCAAUCGUGAACAGAACACACAUACAUACAAUAACAUUUAAGAGAGAUUUAGCUUACAGGAUCCUCAAAAAAAGCAACCCGCUGGCAUGUUUACUACCAGCCAAAGAACUGACUUUUAACACCUUCAAGUAAUUGCAACUCCCUCUUCAAUAAUAAAACUUUUGUACAUUACCAAAAGUAGUCGCCUCUUCUUUAGAUGACUCACAGCAAUAAAUGAAUGAAGCCGUUUAAGAGGGGCCAUUUAUUGCCGGGUGGCGAUCGAGCGCUUCAUUUCACGGGGAGAACAUACAGAUGGUCCUGCUGUAAACUUGCCAAUUUGUGAUGCGCAUUACCACAGUCAUUGGUAAUUCAUUCUUAAUUUGUUAAAAUAAUUCAUUGGGGGCACUGUCGGCGUGUUCAACAGAAGAUAAUAGAGCCUUUACACAAUAGCAUGGCAAGAAAUAAGUUUUAAAAUUUGGUGUUUGAGCGAAAAAAAAAAAAGAGCUCUUUCCAUCCCCCCAA